AUGCAAACAAGGGCCGCCUCUGCGGCUUUGGCUGGCAUCGUGCCGCCACACAAGAGAAAACGCGACAACUUGGAGACCUCAAAGUCCAGAAAAACGACAAGAGGUCGUGGUCGUUCAAAUAAAACUCCACUCGGCCCGUCACCGGACUCUAAGGAAGAGCCCCCUUGCACUUCUCCCAUUGUGACGGAAGUCAACCAGCCAUUACCAGUCCUAAACAUCAAGAGCGAGGCCGCCUCUCCACGAUGUCCUGAGGACUCACCAUCAGCUAAGAAGCUGGCCGACAAGAAGUGGACAGCGUGGUCCAAGCACGCCAAUUCGUCGCCGUACCCAGACUUCUUACGCCCGACAGCGGAAGAGUGUCAGACUGCCCACGACAUCCUCGAAAAGCUCCAUGGCGAUGUGGUCCGCGAGAAUUUCGCUGAUCCAGAUGCUCCGUCACAGGAGUAUCCGUAUGUCAUGGAUGCUCUUGUCGUAGCUGCCCUCAGCCAGGCCACCAGCUGGGCCAAUGCGAAACGGGCGAUGAAAAAUUUGAAAGUUGUCUACGGCUCAACCUUCAAUUACGCCGCGAUAGUAGAGGGCGGUAUAAACAAGUUGGUGGACGCACUCAGACCCGGCGGUAUGCAAAACCGCAAGGCGAAGAUACUGAUGAAGCUGUUGGAAGAUGUCAAAGAACGUCAUGGAAAGUGGGAUCUUCAGUUCCUCUUCAACGCGAGCGAUGAAGAAGCCGUCAAGGAGGUGGUGAGCUAUUGGGGUCUCGGGCCGAAAUGUGCAUUCUGCUUGUUGAGUAUCUGCCUCAAGAGAGACACAUUUGCAGUGGACACACAUAUUUACCGCAUCACUGGGCUCUGGGGUUGGCGGCCGCUCGAGGCGUCUAGGGAGAUGGCGCAGGCUCAUCUUGAUGCCCGCAUUCCUAACGAGAUCAAGUUCGCGCUGCACUACCAGUUGAUUGUGCAUGGCCGAGAGUGCCCUGUCUGUCGCGGGAAUGGAGACAGCAAGGCAACAUGUAAUUUCAAAGUCAUGCUAGAUGAAACCAAGAAAGCAGCCGAAAUUCAUGUAGAUAGUUGA